CCUCUCGGACGCACAACUGCGCCGCCCUCAAGCACCCACAAGCUUUUGCAUCAUGUCGCUCUCCGCCAGCGGCCUCCGCUGGGAGAACCUGCGCUACUCCAUCCCGCUGCCGAAGAAGGCCGCCGCAGAGGCGCGCGCCCGUGCUGCCGUCGACCCAACUGACAGCACUCUCGAGAAGUCCGAGACCGGCAAUGUGCAGACGUCGGACUCGGGCAUCGACGCUGGCAUGCGUCACAUCCUGCGUGGCAUCUCGGGCGAGGUGCGCCGCGGCGAGAUGGUCGCGAUCCUCGGCGCUUCGGGCGCGGGAAAGACGACGGCACUCAACGCCCUGUCUACUCGCAUCGGCAAGACCGGCGAGCUCGGCGGCACCAUCACCUUUGACGGCAAGCCGCGCAACCCGGCGUCGUGGAAGCGCACCGUAGGAUACGUCGAACAAGAUGAUCAACUCUUCGGCUUAUUGAGCGUUCGCGAGACCAUUGAAUACGCCGCCUCGCUGCGUCUGCCAGCCAAGCUCUUCAGCGAGGCGGACAAGCAGGCACGCGUUGACACGACGAUCAAGUCUCUUCGCCUCGAGAAGGCACAGCACACUCGCAUCGGCACGCCUGGUGCUCGCGGCGUCUCGGGCGGCGAGCGCAAGCGCACGAGCAUCGCCGUCGAACUGGUCUCGGACGUGUCACUGCUCAUGCUCGACGAGCCGACGAGCGGUCUGGACGCCUUUGCGGCCGCCAACGCGAUCGAGCUGCUCAAGAACAUCUCGCGCGAGCGCCAGAUCGCCGUGCUCAUGACCAUCCACCAGCCGUCCUUCGCCGUCCUUUCGCUGUUCGACAAGAUCAGCCUGCUGGCGCGUGGUGCCGUCUACUACAACGGCCCGCCGCACAUCGCCGAGGCGUGGUUCGAGUCUCUCGGCUACGGCACGCCCAAGGGCGUCUCGCCGCCGGACCACUACAUCACGAUGGCCGAGGCAUUCGAGAAGACGCCCGAGGCCGAGGCUCGCGUGCUCGGCCUGCUCUCGGCCUGGGCCGAGCGCGGCGAGGCCUUCGUCGCGAGCUACGAGAAGGACUACCCGGCCAGCAGCAGCAUCGACGGCCACAGCCCCAGCAACACGAUCGACGCCAAGCGCGACGUAGAGCAGCACGCCGGCGCGGAACGCGACCAAGCCUCGUGGCCCACGCCCUGGCACAAGGAGCUCGCCAUUCUGACGCACCGCGUCUGGCUCCAGCUCAUCCGCGACAAGUCGGUCCUGUUUGCAGGCAUCGGCCAGACGGUGGCUCUGUGUAUCUUCAUCGGAUUUGCCUACUUUCGUUUGGGCAACAGUCAGAGCGACGUUCUUGCCCGCGUCGGCGCGCUGUUCAUCGUGCCCGUCAACGCAGCGUUCGCCGUGACAUUUGCGACGUAUGCGCCGUUCCCGCUCGAGCGCUCCAUCAUCAUCCGCGAGCGCAGCGGCGGCCAGUACCGCACCACGAGCGCCUAUCUCGCCAAGAUGCUUGUCACUCUGCCUUCCACUGUCGUUUCGACGAUAGUUUACUAUAUUGUGAUCUACUGGAUGAUCGGCUUCCGUGCUGGCGCCGGUCCCUUCUUCAUCUGGAUCGGUAUUACGCAGCUGCAGGUGCUGUCGGCGAUAGGCCAAGGCUUCGCCAUCGGCUGCGCCGUCCCCUCGAUCACCCUAGCUGGCGUACUCGCGCCUCUCGUCAACGUCGUGGCGAUGCUCUUUGGGUCUUCCCUGCUUCCGUUGAGCUCGAUCCCACCUUGGUUCAUCUGGCUGCACUGGAUCUCGCCUUUGAGCUACUCGUUUGCCGCUCUUGCCCAGAACGAGUUCGGCGGCGACCGUACCUUCGAGUGCAGCGCUGGAGCUGCGCAGUGCUACCGCACCGGUGCCGAUGUGCUGGCGCAGUACGACCUACAGCGCUUCGGAAUUGGCGCAUGCGCCGGCUUUCUGGUCCUCCUUUCCUCGGCCUACUUCAUCCUCGGCUACAUCGGCCUGCGCUUCGGCGGCCAUCCGCGCUUCCGCUACGCUUGAGCUCGCCACGCAUGAGCCACUUCCACGUCGGCGCCAACCGGGCGCGGCACGAUAGUCACGAUACGAUACAGACCCUCUACUCUCAGACCUCUCUCACGCGCUAGGCACGAAUGACGAUUACGAGUACAUGUG